AUGUCAACAGAACCCGAGCGCUUCUUCCCUUUCCACUCCUCCCACCUCUCCUCUGUCUCUUCCGUCACCUGGCUGCAACCGCGCCAGCCACAGAGAGCAUGGAUUGCGCGUUUCCUUCCCAACGCGCGGCGCCCGCUAUCGCAGGUCCUGCUGGCGCAAAUACCAGCUCCGCCCUUCUCCGCGAGCCCAGCAGCAGCAUCCAUGGGCGUGGUCCCGGGGAGUCGCUUGCGCCGAGAGAGCGGCAGAGGCAGGGGCACGAGCGUCGACACGAGAAUAGGUACGGAGGGCGGCAGCGGGAGGUGGCGGAGAGGGAGUGAGAGCAGCGCGAGUGUGGAGUUCGCAGGUGGCCCUCAUGUGGGCGCCAUGAUUUCCCCGCGGGGCAGCAGCUCUGCUAGCACGAGCACGAACACGGGCAGGGGCAGCAGCGCGCAUGUGAGCCACCUGGACGCCGCUCUCAUUGGCCCCACUGCUGCUGCGGCGUUCACUGCUGAUGUUCAUGCCAUGGCCUGGCCUGCUGCCCUGCGCAACCCCGGGCUUGCUGUGCAUGGUGGCGCUGGUGCUGGUGAGGGGGGGGGCGGGAAGAGCGAUGCUGGCUCGUCUAUUGCUGCUGCUUCUGCUGCCCAGCUACCCUCCAACACCACUGGACCCACCACCGCAAGUGGCAGCAAGAGUAACAGCAGUGCUGCUGUUAACAGCGGGGUUCGCAACAGAGGCAGCAGCGGCAGGGGCGGCGGUCAAAGGCCCAGCAGUCGCAGGCCGACGGCUCAGAUCCGCAUCGACCGCAUUCCACCGGACACGUCCGCGGAGACAGUGGCGACGUUUGUGCGAGACACACUGGGCGUGAUUGUGGACCGCGUGAAGAUCAAGGGGUACACCCGCAUCCGCGCCCUGCCCACUGGCAGAGCCACAGCAAGCGCAGCCAGCACAGGGGGGGCAGCAGGCGCAGGGGAGAGAGCAGUGGUGGGGGGGACGCGGUACCGGGAGGAGUGGGUGUCGGCAGGGUAUGGGUACGCAGACUUCCUCACAGCAGAGGUGGCGGAGUUUGUGAUGGCGAGGGAGGAGGCGCUGGUGCUGAAAGGGCAGCAGCUGGCACUGCAGUGCACCAUGGAGCAGCGCCGCGAGCCUGAGGGGCUGCUCUCCCACGCCAAUAGGCGCGUGCGGGUGGUGGUGCAGGCAAAGGCGGGUGAGCGGGGGAGGGGUGGUGUAGGGUGGGGAGGCCGCGCGGCAGGAGAGGGGGGUGCAAGGGAGGAUGCAGGUGCAGCGCUCUGUGGUGGCUCCCUGGCGUCCAUCCCCCUGGCGUUCCAGCGAGUGGAGUACAAGCUGGAGUGGCGCAUGCGGGACGUGCGCCUGUGGGGCACCAAGGACGGCACCCCCCGCGACACAGACGGGCCCGGCCUCACCUCCUUGCUGCUGCUGCUGCUCUUUGUGCCGCCUGCCGUGUUCUCACGUGCAUGUGACGACGACGUGUGGCAGCUGGAGCCCGACAGAUGGUUCCCUGAUGAUGGCGACCCGUGGACCCGAACCACUGACGAGCACUUCCUCCCCGCGGGGGCGAGGGCGGGCGCUUGUACAAGCGCAGCAGCAGGCGCGUGUGUGGGCGUUGGGGAUGAUGGAAGGGGAGGUGCUGGUGCGAGGCGGUGGGACAGUGGGCCUGGUAGCAGUGGAGGCCGUGGCGUGAGUGGGUGGAAGGGGCGGGUGUGGAGUGGAGGGGUGUUGGGAGCGGCGUCGGUGAUGCAGGUGUCAGUGUCGGUGCGGCAUGGCAUCCAUGUGAGGCGCAUAGCAGAGCACAUGCGCACUGCAUUGCUGCACCUCAGAGCACGCUACCUGGGCAACCCACCGCGCGUCGCCAUCACCGCCCACUAUGCUGCCGCCCCGCCCAUCCACCUCACCCUCUUCAUCUCUCUCGACCCGUCCUCGCUCCCCAAUACCACCCAAGGCACAAUCCCCCCCACUGCCGUGACUGCCUCCUUGUACCGCACUCCGGCGUACGAGCCUGUGCCCGCUGCCGUGGCGGUGCUGAUGGAGUUCCUCCGCUUCUCCCGCCCUGAAUUCGACCCCGCCAGGAAGUUCAGCCAGAUCGUCCGCGCCAUGCGCCACCACGGCAGGCUGCAGACGCGAGGAGGCACCGAUACGGGGCGAGCCAAGGAACCAGAAGGGACGCGUGAGCACCAGAGUGAGAGGGGAGCAGAGCAGCAAGGGUCAGUUGUGGGAGAGUUGGAACUGCAGCCGCAGUCGCAGCAGGAACAACGAGACACGGAGGAGAAGGCAGGGGAAGCGAGCGAAGGGGAGAGCAGCACGUGGCCGUGGAGGCUACCAGCGAACCACGUGGUGGUGUUCCGGCUGCUCAUCACACCGCUGGGCGCGCAGUGCUGCUUGCCGGGCGUGGAGCUAACCAACCGCGUGCUCACGCACUACCGCCCCCACGCGCACCACUUCCUGCGCGUCACCUUCACGGACGAGGGCCUAAAGACCCUGUCACCCUGA